UCUAAAUGUGCAAGCGUUGAAAGAUACUUUUAUGAACCAAAAAACGGCAUAGCUUGAAUCAAACCCAAAAUCACGAGCUCAGCUAUGUCCACCCUUGAACAAAACAUCCGCCAGGCGCUAGAAGCCCUCCUACCCCGGAUCCAAAAGCAACAUGCAGAAUCCCCAGACACGCCCAUCAUCCUCGGUAUAACCGGUCUCCAGGGCUCAGGAAAAUCAACAUGGGCAUCUACGCUCGUAAAACUACUAUCCGAAGAACAUGGGCUCUACAGCAUCACCGUCUCCCUCGACGACUUCUACAAAACCCACGCUGAGCUCCUCGAGCGGAGAAACCAAGAUCCAGCCAACAAACUAUACCUUACACGCGGCCAACCAGGAACCCACGACAAGCAGCUCGCCCAAUCCUUCUUCCAGCAACUAAAAACCUGGAGCACCACCACAACAGACGGUAGCACUAGUACCAAGGGCCUCGCCAUCCCCUCCUUCGACAAAAGCCGCUUCAACGGCGAAGGUGACCGCGCCCCAGAACACUCCUGGCCGCGUAUCACCCGCAAACCCGCCGUCGUCAUCUUCGAAGGCUGGUGCCUUGGCUUUAUACCCGUUCCUUCCUCUCUAAUCGAGCAGAAACACGCACUCGCUCUGCAAGGUAAACUCCCCAUCAACACACCCGCACAGCACCAAGUCGCCCAUUUACUAGAAGUAAACGAGUAUUUGAAGCGGUAUUGCGAUACUUUUAUGGGACCCCAGCAUUUUGACUACUUUAUUCAUAUUGAUACGGAGGAUCUACGCAAUGUGUAUAAGUGGAGGUUGGAGCAGGAGCAUAAGAUGAUUGCGGUUAAGGGAGAGGGUAUGUCGGAUGAGAGGGUGAAGCAGUUUAUAGACGGGUAUAUGCCUAGUUACGAGAUUUAUCUGGAGCAGUUACGCGAAGGGCUCUUUGGGGAGAAGGGAAGGAUGGUGAGGGCUGUAUUGGAUGAGGGGAGGGGGGUUAAGAGGGUUGAGGUGUUGUAGGGUUGAUGGCAGUGUCUGAGGUUAUCUUUAUCAAUGACUUCUUCAGAUAUGGAUGAUGACCAGGUUCCGUCGUAGAACUUCAGGUUCACUCUUGCAAGGCAAACCCUGGGAUCUAAAGACCAUGUAGCGUAGAGGAUGCCCUCUCAUCUUGACCCUACUUCUCUCCCCCCUCCCCUUCUUGUUGACUCCUCCAAAAAAACAGAUUUCAUGACCCCCUUACAUCCCAAAAGCACGUCACCUGCA